AACCCUUUCCACAAGAAGUUAAACCAAUACAUAGAAGAAAACUUCCAACCCCAAAAAAUGAUGAAGGGUGCCAAGUUUUCUUCUCUUCUUGUGCUUUUCUUUAUUUUUCCGAUCGCAUUUGCUCAACUGAGAGUCGGGUUUUAUAGCCGGUCAUGCCCUCAAGCCGAGACUAUCGUUCGCAAUCUGGUGCGCCAAAGGUUUGGUGUUGACCCAACCGUUACCGCCGCUUUGCUCCGUAUGCAUUUCCACGACUGUUUCGUUAGGGGUUGUGACGCUUCUCUCCUUAUUGAUUCAACCACAUCCGAGAAAACCGCUGGACCAAACGGAAGUGUCAGAGAAUUUGACCUGAUCGACCGGAUUAAGGCUCAGCUAGAGGCUGCAUGCCCAUCCACAGUCUCAUGUGCUGACAUCGUCACAUUAGCCACACGCGACUCUGUGUUAUUAGCAGGAGGCCCGAGCUACAGCAUCCCUACGGGAAGGCGUGAUGGUAGAAUCUCGAACAAUGUUGACGUAGCUUUACCAGGUCCAACAAUCUCCGUCUCCGGAGCUGUGAGUUUUUUCACGAACAAAGGGUUGAACACGUUUGAUGCUGUGGCGCUUUUGGGUGCACACACCGUUGGUCAGGGAAAUUGUGGUCUCUUCAGUGACCGGAUCACUAACUUCCAAGGAACCGGAAGACCCGACCCGUCCAUGAAUCCAGCUUUGGUAACCAGCCUAAGGAACACAUGCAGAAACAGUGCGACAGCGGCACUAGACCAGUCGACUCCAUUGAGGUUUGACAACCAAUUCUUCAAACAGAUCCGUAAAAGAAGAGGAGUGUUGCAGGUUGACCAACGUCUCGCAUCCGACCCACAAACUCGUGGGAUUGUGGCUCGGUAUGCUAAUAACAACGCCUUCUUCAAACGUCAGUUCGUUAGAGCAAUGGUGAAGAUGGGAGCCGUUGAUGUGCUUACCGGUCGUAACGGUGAGAUCAGAAGGAACUGCAGGAGAUUCAACUGAUGAGCUCGAAUCACACUACAAAUUUAUUGCAUAAAUAAGGCUUUUUAUAUUUUCUAAUUCGUUUGUUUUGGUUGGGGGUUUAUUGCAGAAAUAAGGCUUUUCUUAAAUUGGAUGGUUUCGAUUUUUGAGAAAGAUUACUAUAUAUUAUAAUGUUGGUCUUUAUUUGGUGGAUGUAUCUUUAACUAUACAAAUAUUUUGUCGUAUUAAAAAUAUUGAUAUGUA